AUGGUGGUCAGGCGGUCGCCGGCGCGGCGGCGGGGCGUGCGGGUCGGCCCGACCAAGCUCGAGGGCCUGCCGGCCGCGUGGUCGGCCCCCGCCGUGGCCGCCGUCAAGGUCAAGUGGCCCGGCGCCGGCGGGGCGCUCUCGCAGAUGCUCACCGGCAGGCGCGGCGGCCGCGGGGUCACCGCCGUCGAGCCCGUCGGCGGCGACGGCGCCGUCCGCUGGGACGCCGCCGCCGACGCCAACCGCUUCCGCGUCGACGUCGAGCCCAGCGCCAGCCCGCGCGGCGGCGCGGGCGCGGGCGGCGCCGGCCGGCCGGAGCGCGGCGUCUUCUUCUCCGUCCUAUACGUGAACGUGGAGCUGGUGGACCUGAGCACGCCGGCGGAGGUGGAGAGGAGCGUCUCGUUCAGGGAGAAGCCGAGGGCGAACCCCACGCCGGUCCCGACGAUGAGGGAGAUCCACAGGGGCUCCACCUACCACGAGGUUCUUGACCUGAAGCAGCUGCUCGACCUCGCCGAGAAGCAGGGCAGGGUGGCGGUGUACCGGAACAAGCGCAACUCGGACACCAGCAGCGUCAGCAGUGGUGGCAUGAGCAGCAGCAGCAGCACCGUCAGCCUGAGCAGCGCCAGCACCAGCACCAGCGGCGGCGCCAGCCCGGAGCCCGGGUCCACGUCCAAGCGCCGGUUCCUGCCGUGGCGGCGGCGGAGCCGGGAGUCGCUCUCCCAGGAGAUGCCCGUCGCCAAAUGCUGCGUGGGGGACGACGACGAUGCCUGGGAGGCGCGCGAGUUCACGAGCAGGGACUCGGAGACGCGGCUCCGGACGCCUGUCUUCUUCGCGUCCAUCGACCAGCGCGACGACAGCGCCGGCGGCGAGAGCGCGUGCACGGCGCUGGUGGCCGUGCUGGCGGCGGCGCUCCACGCCAACCACCCGCUGAUGCCGACCCGGGCGGAGCUGGACGCGCUCAUCCGGGACGGCUCGUCGGAGUGGAGGCGGCUCUGCGACGACGAGGCGCACAUGGCGCAGUUCCCCAACCGGCACUUCGACCUGGAGACGGUGCUGGCGGCGCGGACGCGGCCCAUCGCCGUGGAGCACGACAGGGCCUUCGUCGGCUUCUUCCAGCCGGAGAGCUUCGCGUCGCUGUCGGGCGCCAUGUCGUUCGACGACAUCUGGCGCGAGAUCAGCGCCGGCGCCGGCGAGCGCGCCCCGGGCGAGGCCGACGUGUACAUCGUCAGCUGGAACGACCACUUCUUCGUGCUCAAGGCGGAGAGCGACUGCUACUACGUGGUGGACACGCUCGGCGAGCGGCUCUUCGAGGGCUGCGACAAGGCCUACAUGCUCAGGUUCGACGCCACGUCGGAGAUGCGCGCCAUGCCGUCGCCGUCGUCCGAGGCGGCGGAGGAGGUGGUGGUCGCCACCGGCAAGGAGUGCUGCGGCGAGUUCAUCAAGAGGUUCCUGGCCGCCAUCCCGCUGAGGGAGGAGCUGCACAUCGAGCAGAGCGGGUGCGCCGACGCCGGCGCGCCGCACCGGCGGCUGCAGAUUGAGUUCCACUUCACCGUGCUGCAGCAGCAGCAGCAAGAUGGAGGGAGAUGA